GAGAGAGAGAGAGAGAGAGUGGGGCAGGGAAGCUCCAGAGAAGACUCCAAUGGCCUCAAGCACCGCCUCCACCGUCGUCGCCGUAGCCGCUCCAAUUCCUCCUCCCAUACCAAACACCUCGCCGCCGAGGAUUUCGCCGGCAUCGCUCUCCUCACCCUCCUCCGAGCGGAGAUGAAGUUCAAGGACAAAUGGCUGGCCUGUCUUUCCUUCGGAGAGCUUACGCAGACCUCCGACCAAACAGACAAACCUGUUUGGAACUCUCAAAAGAAGCUUCUUUUGGAAAAAAAUGGGCCUCAUGUUGCAAGGAUCUCAGUGUAUGAGACAAAUAAAAUGCAUAAAAACACUCUGAUAGGAUAUUGUGAGAUUGGUCUACUGGAAUUUCUAAACAGGGAAUUAGAAUCCGAUUCCAGUUCCUUGAGUGAGACACUGAACCUGUUGGAUCCAUCAUCACCAGACAAAGUUGUGGGACAAAUAUCUGUUUCAAUAUCUGUUGAGGACCCAAUUGAAACAGAAAAGAGUUUUGCAAGACGAAUUUUAUCCAUAGUGGACUACAAUGAAGAUGGACACUUAUCAUUGUCUGAAUUUUCUGACUUAAUUACUGCUUUUGGGAAUCAAGUGGCAGUGAACAAGAAAGAGGAGAUGUUCAAAGCAGCUGACAAGAAUGGGGAUGGUGUUGUUAGCAUGGAUGAGUUGGCUGACCUUCUUGCCAUUCAACAAGAAAAGGAACCACUAAUGAAUUGCUGUCCCGUUUGUGGCGAGACCCUUGAAGUUUCAGAUCGACUGAACCACAUGAUUCAUUUGACCCUGUGUUUUGAUGAAGGAACUGGAAAACAGGUUAUGACUGGAGGAUUUUUGACAGAUAAACAGGCGAAUUACGGGUGGAUGUUUAAGCUUAGUGAAUGGGUCAAUUUUUCAUCUUAUGACAUUGGUUUAAACUCUGGAUCAAGUGGUUCCCGUAUUCUGGUUUUUGAUCGGAGGACAAAGACACUUGUAGAAGAAUUGAUAGAUGGAAAGAUUGCCUUGUCAAUGAGAGCCAUCUACCAGUCGAAACUAGGGCUUGGCCUUAUGGAUACAGGGGCUAAGGACGUCUUGCAGAGCAUCUCCGAAAAGCAGGGGCGGAAAAUGAACUCGGUGGAAUCUGCUAAAGAGAUACCAAAAUUCAUUGAAUUUUUUAGGGAUCAACUAAAUUUGGCUGAAGUCAAGUACCCUUUGGAACAUUUCAAGACAUUCAAUCAAUUUUUCGUGAGAGAGUUAAAGCCUGGUGCAAGACCAAUUGCCUGCCCAGAACGUGAUGACGUUGCCGUCUGUGGUGCAGAUUGUCGUCUUACAGCAUUCAGAACUAUUGAUGAAAGUCUAAGAUUUUGGAUUAAGGGUCGGAAAUUUUCAGUUCAAGGACUUCUGGGGAAAGAUAUAUGUUCUAGUGCUUUUAUUGACGGAACAUUGGUCAUCUUUCGCUUGGCACCACAGGAUUAUCAUCGUUUUCAUAGUCCUGUUUCUGGAACUGUUGAGCAGUUUGUAGAUGUACCUGGAUGUUUAUAUACGGUUAAUCCUAUAGCUGUUAAUAGCAAGUAUUGUAAUGUCUUCACUGAGAACAAGCGAGUAGUAUCGAUUAUAUCAACAAAGGAGUUUGGAAAGGUGGCUUUCAUUGCAAUCGGUGCAACUAUGGUUGGCAGCAUCAGCUUCUUGAAAAAAGAGAGAGACCGUGUAAAGAAAGGAGAUGAGGAUGCAAUUCAGAUAGAUGAGGAUCUCUUGGCCAAUAGUGCACGGUCGCUGGAGACCUUGGUGUAUGUUGGAAUGAAGUUGGGCGUCUCGAAGAAACAAGCCAACGUUGGGUUGCCAAACUUACAGAACUGUGUGUUGCAGGAUUAAGGGUGUACUAACACGCUAGACUUUUUUGUAUGAACAUAAAUAAUGUUCAGUUACAACUAAUGAAAUACCAUAAGUUGGCAUCUAAAAGGUUUGGGAUUUGAUUUGAUCCCUCCAAGUUUAAGCUAGGAGUUGGUUCUCCAACGUUUUCAACAGGAUUGGAUUCUUGGUAUAGUGGUAUAGAGUCAGUCGAAGGAAUCAGUUUGAAAUUCAUUAUGUGCGACUCAAUUCAUUUGCCAA